GUAAAUUCAAAUUAAAGACGUUAGUAGGGUCACAUGCCCAGAGUAGUGGAUGGAGGUAUCAAGGAGGGUUUAGCCUUAUAAAAGCUUGCGAUGUUGCUGGGAUAAAGGUCAGUCUGCUAUCUACAUUCCUGCGAUUUUCACCUCGAGAAGUGCGGUGGAUAGAACAGACUGAACAAAGGGAGAGAAUCCCCAAUGGCAGACAUGUCUCACAGUGACACCAUUGCGUCACGACUGCGGUACUGGAGUGUGACUUCUCCAGAGACAAUGGCUUUUAUCUACGUCACCCCUGAAGGAGAGCGAUAUGCGUACAGCAGACGAGAGUUUUUCUCUUGGUCACGCAGGGCGGCCAGCUGGCUUCGAUCCCGGGGCAUGCGCAAACGUGACGUCAUUCUCUGCCUUCUAAGCAACUCCCCCGAGCAAGCCUUUAUCAUGAUGGGUGCCACGUUGCUAGGGGCAACAGUUAUAGUCACCGGAAUGCAGUUUCGAGACGGAUCGGACCUGGUGCCAGUCUUGACCCUCGGUGACGUCACGACUAUUGUCCUCGACCCGAGAGACGCUGACAUCAUUUCCGGUCUCAAGAAUCACAUCCCUAACUUGUGUGGUGGACAGGUCACUGCUGACACUUUUCCAGCUUUGAGGACCGUUAUCUUCUGUAAUAGAAACCCCGAGGGUUCAGGGGAGCUGUUUCUGGAAUCCAUUUCCAGGGACCAAGAGGCAGAACCUGAGGACAUCAACCCCGAUGACCCCGCCCACAUUUUCCUCACAUCCGGUAGUACAGGACAGUCUAAGCUCGUGCUAUGUACUCACAAGCAGGUCCUGGCCCUCGGGCCCACGAUGAUCGAGUGCUAUGGGUGUAAGCCGGGUGACGUGCUAUUCAGCAGCAACUUUUUUGGGUGGGUUACUGGAUAUCCCGCCGGUUACUACUUUUGUGGAAUUACAAGAGUGGCCCCUUAUAUCAAAGGUUCCCAACCAAAAGACGAGUUAAAAUUCCUGCUUGAUGUGAUGAGCAAAGAGAAGGCCACUCAUGUCCUGACUUUACCUCAAGUGGCCAAGAAAUUUCUCACACGCACUGACCUCCUGACCUCUGAUCUGACGUGGCGAGCGCGAGCGUUCAUUUUUGGCGGCUCCCCGGUCAGGAAAGAUGUCGCCGGGAUCUUGGGAACUCUGACGUCAGAGAUUCGGGUGGUCUGUGGGACCACAGAGACAGGCUUCAACUUGUACAAAUCCUACACAGACCCUGACAAGGUCGAAAACUUCAACUGCGGAAAACCUGUCCAGGGUGCACAGGUCAAAGUCGUUGACCAACAUCUUCAGGAAGUUCCUCCCAACACUAAAGGUGAACUGAUGAUCAUGCACAACAACGUUUUCCCCGGUUAUCUCAAGCAGCCAGGGCAGUCAGCUGCAGCCACACCGGAGCCUGGCUGGUUCAAACCUGGUGACCUCGCUUACGUCACUGACGAGGGCGACGUUUGUGUCGAGGGGAGACAAACUGAGGCUAUAACUGUGGGAACGUGGACGAUGUAUCCGCAGCCCUUGGAGACCAGUCUCCUGACAUGUCCAGGAGUACACGAGGUGGCAGUGGUGGCUAUUCCCGACAAGGACUUUGGAAGCCGUCCUUGCGCAUGCGUCGUGCCAGAUUCCAGACCGGAAGCUGAUCGCCUUGUGCCUGACGAUGUUCUUCGCGUGUGCUCGGAAUUUUUUCGAGGAAGUUUUCUCAGAGAGUACAGGCACGAAUCCUCUCCUAUCAAGAACUGCUUGCUCUUUGAUCAGUUUCCUGUCAACUCCAGUGGUAAAGUACAACGGAGUCUUCUUCGAACCUUAGCGAGAGAGAGGCUUGGCUUGUAAACUCAUCUUACUAACUUCGCAGUAAAAUCAUGGACACUUCGAUUUGUAUCAACCCAUUAUUAUUCAAAUUGUUAUAAAUAUAAGUUUAAUUAGUUUUUUUUUCUGACAAGCAAGUCUGUGUUAUUUUUAACUUCGUUUCAGUUGCCAGACAGAUAGAACUCAGUUUCCAUCAACAAAAGUAUAGAAUUUUAACAUCACUGGAAAACAGUUCUUUUAUUAUAAAUUUUUACAAUCCAUUGACCGCUUCCGUUAUUUUCUGACUUUUCAACAACGAUUGUUUCCCACUAUUGUUCACCACUUGUAUAUAAAGUAUUCAUUUGGUGUGGUUUACCUGAAGCCUACUCAGUGCAUAUGAAAACUGUGGUAGCUUCCAGAUUUAUUAGUUGGAUACUGAUUAUUGUGAAACAGUCUAUAUUAGUGGCACCAGGUAUGACUACAACCCUAUAUGAAGCGGGUUUUUUUAAAAGGGCUAAGAUUGAAAAAAAAUUCCCAAAGAUUUGUGAAGAUUAUUUACUUUAUUCGAAUCUUUAUUGCCUGCCAUUCUGUUUGUCUCCACGUUUAUUUGAAACUUUUAUCGAUAGCUUCUGUUCAUAAAAUUUUAUUCGGAUUUCACAGUUUUUACAUUUACUGACUGUUAAGAUUAAACAUAUUUUUGACGCUGUACUUGCAUUUCCAACGAGAAAUAAAAGAUGGUUUUAUUAUCAUGACUAGAUUAUGUUCUCAAAAACUACAUCAGAGAGCGACUACUAUUUGUACUUCGACCAUCUUCUUUUUAUAUAUAUAUUUACAUCCUGUAAAUAAAGCAGUUUUAACUCUG